AUGUUCCCAAGUGAGCUCUCCUUCGUAUCAUCGUCCUCUGGUAUCUCAACAUCGAGUAUCUCCCCAAUCCGCCACUCUCUCUCCUGCCUCUCUCCCCUCCUCCCCAAUCAAUACUCUCAUCCCGAUCUCCCCAUUCUCGCAACGGACCCGUCGCUCGACCAUCCAUCUAUCAUCCCCUCCCGACGUCUAAAAUCCUCUCACAUUCAUUCGUCCUCCCCGCUCUCAUCACGAACAAUCCUCCUCCCCACCCGUCACCCUUCCUCCAUCUCCCCCCUCUCACCUCCUCCCACACGCAACUCUCACAGUCCCAAUCCUUCUCGAAGUCUCCUGCACAUCCGAGCCCGCCCCAGUCUCUGCGUCCAUGAAAGUCUCUCAUUAUCGUCCCUGUCUCCGGCCAUCACGUCUCAUCCCAUACUGAGAAUCUCCUCUAGACAGAUCCCUCCCAUCCUCUUGUCAGAUCUCCCUCUCCAACUCUCAUCCACCGAUCUCCACCUCUCUCUCUCAAUCCCCUCCAAAACAGCGUCGAAAGAGAUCAAGACCUCCCCCCGGCUCUACCGCCUACAAAUAAGCUCGCGGGCGUCAUAA